CUCCCCUGCCGCUGGGCUCUCUUUUAUAAAGGGCCUUUCCUGGGCGCUGUCCCACCUUCCAGAAGCGGCUGCCUGGCUUCUUUUGAGUAUCUGUCUUCAGCUCACCUGCCUUCACCCCAGCCUCCACCAUGUCCAUGAGGGUGACCCAGAAGACCUACAAGGUGUCCACCUCCGGCCCCCGGGCCUUCAGCAGCCUCUCGUACACCAGCGGCCCUGGUUCCCGUGUCAGCUCCUCCAGCUUCUCCCGAGUGGGCAGCAGCGGCAGCAGCUUCCGGGGCGGCCUAGGUCUGGGAGGCUAUGGUGGUGCUGCUGGCAUGGGGGGCAUCACAGCUGUUCAGGUGAACCAGAGCCUGCUGAACCCCCUGAAUCUGGAGGUGGACCCCAACAUCCAGGCUGUGCGCCUUCAGGAGAAGGAGCAGAUAAAGACCCUCAACAACAAGUUUGCCUCCUUCAUUGACAAGGUGCGGUUCCUGGAGCAGCAAAACAAGAUGCUGGAGACCAAGUGGAGCCUCUUGCAGCAGCAGAAGACAUCCCGGAGCAACAUGGACAAUAUGUUCGAAAGCUACAUCAACAACCUCCGGCGGCAGCUGGACACGCUGGGCCAGGAGAAGUUGAAGCUGGAGGCGGAGCUUGGCAACAUGCAGGGGCUGGUGGAGGACUUCAAGAAUAAAUACGAGGAUGAGAUCAACAAGCGUACAGAGAUGGAGAAUGAAUUUGUCCUCAUCAAGAAGGAUGUGGAUGAAGCUUACAUGAAUAAGGUGGAGCUUGAGUCUCGCCUGGAGGGGCUGACCGAUGAGAUCAACUUCCUCAGGCAGCUGUAUGAAGAGGAGAUCCGUGAGCUGCAGUCCCAGAUCUCAGACACAUCUGUGGUGCUCUCCAUGGACAACAGCCGCUCCCUGGACCUGGAUGGUAUCAUCGCUGAGGUCAAGGCCCAGUACGAGGAGAUUGCCAACCGCAGCCGCGCUGAGGCUGAGAGCAUGUACCAGAUCAAGUAUGAAGAGCUGCAGACUCUGGCUGGGAAGCACGGGGAUGACCUCCGCCGCACGAAGUCCGAGAUCUCGGAUAUGAACCGCAGCAUCAGCCGCCUUCAGGGAGAGAUUGAGGCUCUCAAAGGCCAGAGAGCAUCCCUGGAGGCCGCCAUCGCUGAUGCUGAGCAGCGUGGGGAGCUGGCCAUUAAGGAUGCCAAUGCCAAGCUGGCCCAGCUGGAGAGCGCCCUGCAGAAGGCCAAGCAGGACAUGGCGCGGCAGCUGCGCGAGUACCAGGAGCUCAUGAAUGUCAAGCUGGCGCUGGACAUCGAGAUCGCCACCUACCGCAAGCUGCUGGAGGGCGAGGAGAACAGGCUGGAGGCUGGGAUGCAGAACAUGAGUAUCCACACGAAGACCACCAGUGGCUACUCAGGAAUGGUGAGCUCACCCUACGGGGGCCUCCCAAGCCCUGGCUUUGGCAGCCUCCAAAGUCCUGGCUUCACCCGCACCAAGUCUGCCGUGGUCGUGAAGAAGAUUGAGACCCGUGAUGGGAAGCUGGUGUCUGAGACCUCUGAUGUCCUGCCCAAGUGAAUGGGCCACAGCAGCCUCUCCCAGCCUGCACCCCUCCCACAGCUGCCCCAGAGCCUGUGGGGAGACAGCUGUAUAUGGAAGCAUUGGGAACAAGAGACCCACCUGAGACUCGGUCCUAGCCCUCAGCCGAGCCUUGGGGGGAAAUACUGCCUGGGGUACCCCUUCUUGCCCAUGCCCUUCACCAAAACCAAUUCAAGUGUCUUUUCCAAA